GCAACCCUAGUAACGGCCCGGGCAGAACCGCAUAACAGCUGCCGGUCGGGACUCGAAGUCGACGGCCGACCUGCUGAGUCGGACGGAGAGGGCGAGCUGCGGCGACCAACCGACCGAGGGAUGGCGCGGGCGUCGGGCUCAGGUAGCGGCGAGAGCGACUUCUCCGUGGUCGUGCUGGGCUCCGACUUCGCGACGGACGCCGGCGCCGCGCUCCUCUCCCGCGCCGACCGCGAGGAGUGGCACGACUGCGUCCCUGACCUUGCCGCGCCCGCUGACGACUUCUCCGACCUCGAGGAGCUCCAGGUCGUCCGCGUCCAGGGAAGCGACAGGGCCGCCCGCCGCGUCGUCCGUGUCGUCGGCAAGUUCUUCCCGGCUCAAGUAAUUGAUGGUGAACGUCUGAAGAGGUAUGUGUUCCACAAGCUGCGCACUGAAUUACCAGAGGGUCCAUUCUGCAUUUUGUACGUGCACAGUACUGUACAGUCAGAUGACAACAACCCGGGGAUGUCAAUCUUGAGGACGAUUUAUGAGGAGCUUCCACCUGAAUACAAGGAAAGGCUUCAAGUAUUCUACUUCUUACAUCCUGGGCUUCGCUCUAGGCUGGCCAUUGCCACGCUUGGCAGGCUAUUCUUAAGUGGAGGGUUGUAUUGGAAAAUCAAGUACAUCAGUCGACUAGAAUAUCUCUGGGGGGAUAUAAGAAAAGGGGAGGUCGAAAUACCAGAGUUUGUUAUUGAGCAUGACAAAGUUCUUGAGCACCGACCACUGACCGAUUAUGGUAUAGAACCUGAUCCUCUACAUCUUUCUGAUGUACCUGCUGUGGGGUACUCGCUUGGAAGGUAUGAAGAUAAAUGGUCUCCUGAAGAUCGAUGGUAUUCUAGCAAUUACAUGUGACUUUUCUUGGUAGCCAAAGGCUUAAAGCUUUAUUGUAUAGUAAUAGGGGAGUUUGGUGAUGUGUAAUGCCAGGUUGAUGUGAAAACCUUGUCUUAAGACCAUCUUCAAUGGAUUCUCGUCAGUGAUCAAAUUCCCUUCUCGAAGA